GUACCUCUUUAAAGGUAUACUAACGGAGUCGGAAUACGUUGCAAUUGACAUCCAUCCGUCGGUGAAUUCACAUCGAAUUUGUUAACUGGACUAUCAACUAGUACUUGGUUCACUAUCAAGAUGACAACAGGAAGCUGUGACUCGUACGUACACGAUAUACUGGAUAUGUCUGAACCACCAGAAUCGACCGAAAAAAGUGAAAUCAUAUCCUUUUUCGAUCAAGCUAAUAUUUUGGUAACGGGAGGGACAGGUUUCCUGGGGAAGUUACUCGUCGAAAAGUUACUCAGAUGUUGCCCAAAUAUUUCCAAAUUGUAUCUGGUAGUAAGACCGAAAAAAGAGAAAAGUUCAUCAGAACGGAUUAAGGAAAACUUUGAUGAUAUUAUCUAUGAUAGAUUGAAGAAAGAACAACCGAACUUCCUAAGUAAAGUGGUGCUAGUGGAAGGUGAUGGAUCGAAACCUGAAUAUGGCUGGUCACCGGAAAUUAAACAAAUGUUAAUGAAUACAAACAUAGUUUUCAAUGUUGCGGCACUUGUUCGAUUCGAAGCGAAACUUCGUGUAAUAACGGCGAUCAACGUGCAAACCGCGAAAUUCUUACUGACAUUUGUAAAACAAAUACCCUCUUUCAAGGCAUUUGUACAUAUAUCAACUGCAUAUGCACACUGCAUACGUGAUUUUAUUGAUGAGAAACAUUACAGUUAUACCAUUGAUGCUGAUAAGUUAGUGUCACUGAUGGAUAUUUUGGAUGAUGAUAUGAUAACACGUACUACUCCCAUAUUGCUUGACAAAUGGCCUAAUACAUAUGUAUUCACUAAAGCAAUAGGAGAGAAUGCUGUGUUAAAGUAUAGCAAUGAUCUUCCAGUUUGUAUUGUGCGACCUUCUAUUGUUACAUCAACCUAUACGGAACCAAUUUCUGGGUGGACAAACAAUUUAUAUGGGGCAACAGGUGUUGUUUUGGGAGCUGGUUUAGGUCUAUUGCAUACGUUACACUGUCGUAAAGAAAAAGUGGCAGACAUUAUACCAGCAGAUUAUGUUGUUGCCACCAUUAUAUCUGCUGCUUGGGAUGUGGGUACCAGAAAACGUCCAAUAAAAGCAAGUCCAGAUUCCAUUAUACCUGAUGAGGAGAAAGUACCUAUUUAUAAUUCUAUAUCUUCUUGUCAGAAUCCAAUUACUUGGGGUGAAUUUAUGAAGAAAAAUGAAAAUUAUGCUUUUGAAGUACCUAGUAAAAGAGUUGUGUGGUAUUAUGCAUUCAUACUCAAUAGUUAUUUAUUUAUGCAUAAUAUUUGUGUCUUCUUAUUCCAUCUAGUACCAGCAGUUAUUGUUGAUACAGCAGCUUAUCUUAUUGGUAGAAAACCUAUAUUGAUGGAUGCAUAUAGAAAAAUACACAAAUUUAGUAAUGUAAUACAUUACUUCUCAACAAGGGAAUGGAAUUUCCGAAAUGAAAAUGUUUUAAAACUUUGGAACAAAAUGAAUUCUGUUGAUCGAAAAAACUUUUUCUUUGAUAUAGGAGAACUAGAUUGGGAUGCGUACUUUUAUAUACACGUACGAGGUCUACGUGUAUUCAUGUUAAAUGAUCCACUCGACAAUCUAGACGAGAGUCGAGCUGCGUAUAGUAGGUUGCGCAAGAUUCAUUAUACACUCCUAACAUCAAUAAUCUUGUUAAGUUUAUGGAUACUGUUUUCUUUCAUCAGUUACCUUUGGUCAUUCUGCCCUUUGGCACAUUAACGAUUGGUAAUAUUAGUUUUGUAAUUUUAUUUUCUAAACAAUAAAGUAUUGUGGUAAUAAUUUUUUCUUGUAUGUAUUGCAAAUAUCUACUAUUGAUUAGAUGAAUCUAGUUUGCUAUGGUGCUGAUAGAUGUCGCCACAGAUCUAUAUGUUCGUUUUUUGAAUAAAUACGUAUACUUUGUCAA